CAAGAUGGCGACAGCCACUGCAUGCCGUCUUGCUGCUGUUUGCAGACAAUUUCAACGCGUUGUUAAAAUACCCUUGCCGACAAAAGCUCAGUAUUCAUCACCGGCAUUGGGAAACUAUCAUUACUGUGCGCAGAGCCGCCCUGUGCAGUACCGAUUUCUCCAUACGUCCUCGAGCAGAUGGGGCCUUGAAGAGUUCUUUGACUUGCCCGAAAAUUGGGGCGAAGCAACAGUUAAAUCAGGUGCUCCAUGGACUUCCAAACAUCUUAGGUCGAAAAGCAACGAAGACUUGCACAAGCUGUGGUAUGUUCUUCUAAAGGAAAAGAACAUGUUACUAACAAUUCAACAAGAAUCAAAACGGCAGUGUGUUCAAAUGCCCAGUCCAGAACGCAUCAAGAAGGUUAACAGGUCUAUGCAGAGGCUUGACGGUGUUGUGAAGGAGAGAGAAGAUGCUCUUCGUUUACUACAGACAGGGCAAGAAAAAGGGAGGCCAGGAGAAUGGAGGAGAAAUGUUUUUGGCAAAAUGUUCUGGUACCGUUUUAGGGAACAUCCUGUUCCUUGGUACAUGAACAAGAUAUACAAAAGGAAACGUUUCUACACACCAUUAUUUGUUGCCCCUUACACAAGGAUAAGUCUUGAGAAACACCUGCGGAGUAAAAUGAGGAGAGAAAGGAAAGAGAAACAAAAUCAAAAGAAGCUGUCUGCGAUGUUUUCUAAAAAGACUGCACAGAUAUGAAUGACUACAGCCAAAUAUCACCAUCUUUUGCUGUUCAGCUAAUAGUCCAUAUGUUCUAACCAGCUCUUUGUGCUGGGAUGGAUCUGUUGUCUGUUAGUGAAUUUACCAUGUAAAGCAGAUGUGACUAAACAUUGUAGAUAAGGGCUUAACUGAAUAAAAUAUUAAAUAUCAA